AUGGAGAACAUCAGCCAGUUUCCUGAUCAUAUACUUUUGAAGGUACUAUCGUUUCUUCCAACAAAAGUUGCUGCAAGCACGAGUGUUUUAUCGAAGCGAUGGGAGUUCCUUUGGAUGUGGUUGCCUAAACUUGAUUAUGAUUCUCGCGAUUGCACAAAGUACCAAUCCUACAAGUUACGGGCUUUUAUUGAAUUUAGUCUGCCAUUACAUAGAGCUCCGGUCAUAGAAAGCUUGCGUCUCAACUUUUCUACAGCUCCGGGAUACCCUAAAUCAUUUAACGCAUUGCAUAUCGAGAAGUGGGUUUUAAUUGCAGUUUCUCGCUGCGUCCGUGAGUUAAGUCUCGAAUUUUAUCCUUUGAAUACCCAACCUGUUGUGUUACCCAGUAGUUUGUAUAUCUGCAAAUCUCUCGUGACCUUGGAAUUGACCGACAACAUUAUGGUGGUUGUUCCUCGUGUGGCUCGUCUCCCCUCCCUGAAAACUUUGAUCCUUCGACGUGUGUGGUACUCAGACGCAAAAUCUCUUGGCCAGAUUCUCUCUAUUUCACCUCUUCUUGAGGAUUUAGUUGUGGAACGAAAUCAAGAUAACGAUAAGAUUAACCCACUUGCACUGAGUGUAAUUGUCCCGUCGUUGCAGAGAUUAACCCUCAAUAUAGCUAUAGGAUCUUCUUUUGAUGGGCUUGUGAUAAACACUCCUUCUUUGAAGUAUUUCAAAGUUAAGGUUUAUAGGAAUGAAGUAUAUUAUGCAAGGGAUAGUGAUCAUCAAUAUGAAAGUUACUCCUACGAUUUUGAAGAGAUGCCUAAGUUGGAGGAGGCGGAUAUUGAAUCGUCUUACCCUGAUAUCAACAAGUUUGUUAGGUCAAUCUCAUAUGUCAAGCGGCUUUCGUUAUGCAUAUGUGUCAAUGCCGAAGAGGCUUUAUAUGGUGAGGGUAUUGUCUUCAACCAGCUUCAGCAUUUAAAGCUAUGUUCAUGUUAUCUAAAUUGGUCAAUAUUACUUGUCCGGUUACUCAAAGACUCUCCUAAUUUACGAGAGCUCCAUGUCUAUCUAAAGGAGGAUCAUACACGUAGUUGUUUGGAUCCACUGGUUUGCUGGGAGGAUCAACUGGAUUGUGUUCCUGAAUGUUUGUUGACGAGUCUCGAGACAUUCAAGUGGACAGGGAUAUCUGGAUCACAAGAAGAGAUAGACCUGGUGAAAUAUAUCUUGAGAAAUGCUUGUUUCUUAAAGACUGCGACGAUCUUGUUUCGGGAUAAACAAGAGAUGAUGAUCCAAGAGUUGUCACUUUGUGUUCCAAGUUCAACAGCAUGUCAACUCUUUUUUGGUUGA